CCAACACCUCGAUCCUUCUUCUUGACGUCUUCUCUUACUCCCCACUCUUCCAAGCACCCAAAAUGGCCUCCGCUAUUCGAUCCCUCCGCACCGCCCUCCCCGCCCUCCGACGAACCGUCCCCGCCCCGGCCUUCACCGCCAGAGCCUUCUCCAUCUCUGCCGCCAGGUCUGCCGGCCACGGCCCUCCCCAGUUGCUUGGUCCUGGUGCCAAGGCCGGUGAGGUGCCCAAUGACGAGAACCAGUCUACUGGUCUCGAGCGAUUCGAACUCCUCGGUAACCUCGAGGGUGUUGACGUUUUCGACAUGAAGCCUCUUGAGAUUACCCGACUUGGUACUGUUGACGAACCUAUUCCCAUCUACUCUCUCUUCCCCGAGCGACAGAUUGGCUGCACUGGUUUCCCCGUUGACUCCCACGACACUAUUUGGCUCAACGUCAACCACACCUUGAAGAACCACCGAUGCCCCGAGUGCGGUUCCGUUUACACUCUCAACUUCCAGGGUGACGAGGCUCUCCUCCACGGUGGCGGUCACCACCACUAAAUGCUUAAACAUGGGUUCUCUCGCGCUUUUUCUGUAGCAUGAGAUGAAUGGAUUUCCUCUGGAC